UUUCGGCGGCAACAAUUGUCACAUUAUAUUACAAAGGUUUAAAAAAGGCAAAAUUAAUGGUGGCCUGCCAAAAGACGAUGUUCCUAGAUUAAUUUGUGUCAGUGGUCGUACUAAUGAAGCAGUUUUGAACAUUUUAAACGACUUUAGUAAUAAAGCUUUGCAUGAAGAAUAUAUUGGUCUCCUUCAUCAGUUAUAUAAAAUGAAUAUUCAAAAUCAUUUAUGCAGAGGAUAUGCAAUAGUUUCUAAACAAGGUGUUCUGUCGAUGUCAUCAAAACGUUUGCCUCCUAAACAACCCCAUUUGCAUAUAUUUUUUGGACAAUUCGUCAAAAAUUUUAAAUUACUAGCUUGUUAUUUAUUGCAAUUUUCAGCUUUUUUUAGAGACGUCAUAGCAAGAAUUAAUAGUAUCUUGGAGGCCAAUAAAGUAAAAACUUUUGAAGAAAUUUCAACAUCGAGAACAAAAAUAGAUGAAGAUAUAUUAGGAUCAGUGUGUUUGCAAUUAGUCGUUGUAGAUAUGUUCAAAAAGUUAGAACUGUUUCCUGUUAGUGUUUUCGGUGAUGACGAUGGCAAGAUUAUUGGUGAUUAUUACUAUAAUAUAAUCCAAUAAGAGGCUAUAUUAGAAGCUAUAAAACUUAGUAUCUUGAAAGUUGACUCAAGAAAUUUCGUGUUUGAAAAUUCUAAUAAGCCACCCAAAGGCACGAUAACAUUAAAUCUUUCCGAUGUGUCGAUCACAGAUAAAGAUUAUUUACUGGUAGAAAAUGGUACUGUGAAUUUUUUGGAUUUGCUUGGAAGGUUAUAUAUUGAAGGAUACCUUCCCCAAGUUCACAAGAUUUACCCUCAAGUCGAAUUUCCUGUAAGUAGAGGCACCACGAGUAUUUCUCCUUUUAUUCAGUGGGAUCACAAAACGUCGUGGCUGGGAUAUAAGUUUAAAGGAUUUAUUUCAUUUAUGCAAAAGGAACAGGUGGAAUAUCAAAUUUCGUAUUUAUAUGAAGAACACCAGUUUAUGAAAGGUCACGUUAUCGACGGACGCAACCUUUUCCCAGCUACCGAAUAUUUAAAAUUGGCUUGGCAAACAUUUGCCGACACUAAGCAUCUUGAGCUUGAUACCACUGCUGUAAUUUUCGAAAAUUUAGUUCGUGGACGUAUAACCAUUUGUUCCAAUUCAAUUGGCCAACAACUUAAUCUUCCACCUAACACCUUUGUCCACGAUGAUAAUUUAAAAAUAUUGCGUCAAGGUGAAAUUUACCGGGAAUUUUAUCUAAGGGGUUACAAUUACAGCGGGUUGUUCAAGGGUAUAAAAACAUGUAAUGUAGAUGCAUCUAUGGGUUUAAUCAAGUUGGACGAUAACUGGGCUACGUUUAUGGAUAACAUGCUUCAACUUCAAAUUCUUCAAACUGAUACAAGACUGCUGUUCGUUCCCGUUGGAAUUAAGAAAAUAAUCAUUGACCCCAUCAAACAUAAACAAAUCGUCGAAAACCAGAAUGGAGAAGAGUGUUUAUUACUUGCACAUACGAACAAGGAUUGUAACAUGAUAAAAUCUGGUGGAAUCGAAAUACACGGGCUUCAGGUUAGAUCUAUUUUCAAAAAAAAGGCAAGAUUGGAACCAGUUUUAGAAAAACACGUUUUCGUUCCAAAUGGUGCGACUUUAGUUUUAGAAGAAGUUGUGAGGGUCAAUACACAGAUUAUUUUCGAAAAUACUUUAGAGCAUCACCUCAAAGCUCUGGAUUUUGUAAACGAAUUCACUGAUAUAAGUUCUACACAUGUAAUGGGUUUCGUCAACAAAGCUUUAGAAGAUAUGCUAUUAGUUGCUCCUGAUCUUACCAUUUCGUCAAAAACAACCUUAAAUGAAACACCUGGUAUAAAGUGCGAAACAGUUACUUUAACGCCAGAAAGUAAUAUACUUUUGUACAUUGGUAGUAAAAUUUUACAGCAAUCAAACACUUUAAAACAGUUUUUCGGGCCUCUUAGAAAAAAUGGGUUUAUUUUAACACGGGAGGAGACCAAUUUUAGACUACAAAAAAGUACUAAUGAAGUAGAAAUCCUCACUGACUAUAUGACAGAAAAUGAAAGAAUUAUUUUAUUGCGGAAAAAAUUGGAAACUGUUGAGCCCAAACUGGUUGAAGUGUCUUCGAGUAAUUUCGAGUGGCUACCUGAACUGCAAAACGCGUUGAAUCUUGGAAAAAAUGUCAUAGCUUAUGCAACAAAUCAAAAACCCGAAGGAAUAUUAGGGUUAAUAAACUGUAUCAGAAGAGAAACAAAUGGAAGUUUAGUUAAGUGUUUCUUCAUGAUGGACGAUGCUCCAAAAUUCGAUCCGCAACACUCGUUUUAUAGUAAACAGAUCAGUAAAAACAUGGAUGUGAACAUUUACAAGAACGGAUCGUGGGGAACUUACAGACAUUUGCGUUUGGAAAAAAGACCUAAGGUCAACAGCGAACAUUCUUAUGCGUAUUUCAAAAAUAGAGGGGAUAUAUCCAGUUUUGAGUGGUUAGAAGGAGCUUUAAAUACAGACGUGCCCUUAGAAGAAGGGCGAAUUUUGGGUCUAACUUAUUAUUCGUCAGUUAAUUUUAAAGAUAUUAUGGCUGCCUUUGGUCGUGUGAACCCAGAAUUAUUAGAACCACGUCGUCUUGCCCAAGAAUUUCUAACAGGGUUUGAAUUUUCAGGAAUAGAUUUAAGUGGUCGUCGGAUAGCUGGAAUUACUGACUGCCAUGGCAUUUCCUCCCACGUUAUUGUUGAUCCUUCUUCAGUUUGGCAAGUACCCGACUCAUGGACACUCGAAGAUGCAGCCACAGUUCCUGUUGUAUAUUCUACUGUUAUUUAUGCUCUUUUAAUGGUUGGGAAUAUGCAACCGGGUUGUUCAAUUCUUAUUCACUCUGCGACUGGUGGUAUUGGAUUGGCCGCUUUGAACGUUUGCCUUCACUAUAAAUGCGAAAUUUACGUAACUGUUGGAACUCAAGAAAAAAGAGGCUACUUAAAGAAGUAUUACCCUCAAAUUCCAGACAGCCACAUAGGUAACUCACGGGAUACAUCAUUUGAACAAAUGAUCAAAAGGGAAACUAAGAGUAGAGGAGUUGAUAUUGUUUUGAACUCGUUAAGUGAGGAUAAGCUACAAGCUUCGGUUAAAUGUUUAGCACGAAAUGGACAAUUUAUGGAAAUCGGCAAAUACGAUCUGGCUAAUGACAGUUCUUUAAAUCUUUUAUUUAUGAAAAAUAAAGCCAUUUAUCAUGGAAUAGUAUUCGAUGGGCUUUUUAAAAGUUCACUUAAAGAACUGAAGUCUAAAUUGAUAAACCAUUUGUUGGAAGGAAUUAAGGAAGGUUUUGUAAAACCACUGCCUAGAAUUUUGUUUAGUCCGGAUCAAGUGGGGGAAUCUUAUAGGUACAUGAUGACAGAACUUGGUAUGGAUUCGAUGGUGGGUACAGAAAUUAUUUAAUUGUUGGAAAAGGAUUUUGAAAUCUACGUAACUUCCAAAGACGUGCGGAGUUUAACAUUUGCAAAAUUGAGUGAAAUGGAGGGAGAAAAGGAGAAUAGAAAUGAAGAUUUUAAAAAAACACAGGAAGGCACCAAUUUGCUCAUUCAGUAUUUUCCUGAUACCGAAACUAGUCACUUACCUGUUGUUCACUUAACAAGUCAAGCAGCGUCCAGUGAAGAAGCUCCAAUAGUUUUUAUUUUACCAGGCGUCGAGGGAAAUUUGAAACCGUUCGAAGUUCUGACUAGUUCAUUGAAAGCUCAUGUCAUAGGAAUACAAUACAACUAUAAACACCCUGAAAAUAGUAUUCAAGAAAUUGCAGAAAACACGAUUUCGCACACUGAAUGUCACUUAACUAGAAAUGUUUCAUUUUUCCUCAUUGGGUAUUCAUUUGGGGCUGUUGUUGGCAUGUAACUUGUGAGUUGUUUGGAAAACCGAGGUUAUACUGGCACAGUUAUUCUGACAGAUGGUUCCCCAACAUACACAGUUUCUGCUGUAAAAAAAAAAUUUGAGAGUGAAAGUGAUGUCGAAUUUCAAAUGGCAGUUUUGAAUAAAGUUUUGAGUUUCGUAAUUCCGUUCGAUGUACUUUCAGAAUAUCAGGAAGCAUUGUUAAACGCCAAAUGUUUAGAACAACGAAUUGAUGUAGCUCUAGCUUUGAUAUCUCCAGAAACCAUUAACAUAGAGAAACUAGAAAAACAGGCACCUCUUACCCUGUAUAAACGGUUGCAAGCAAUGAUGAAUUACUGAAAAGUGUGUGGGAAUUUAGCACAAGUGGUUACGAUAAAUGGCGAUCAUGUAACGAUUUUAAACAACCCAGAGCUCGUUGAUGGUGUCAGUAACAUUGUAACUUGGCAGCAAUAGUCUUACUCCAUUUUAUAUUCAUUUAACUGACUCAGAAAAUUAAA